AUGAUGCAAAUGUAUUCAAAUUCUGCACGUGUCAAUGAAUUUGUGUAUCUUGCUAUGCAAGGCUCAAAUCGAACAAUUGAUAUUAGUAGUGCCUCGGUUGUAGAUCUCAAGGCUGAACUUUUCAAACAAAAAGAGGAAUUUCAAAAACAAAAGGCGUCAGCAAAUAAUCAACCAGUUUCUGCAGCUCUAAGAAGGGUCGCAAAGAAAUCAGGACUAUGGGAACGUCAAAACAAGGGAGUAAGUGAAAGAUCCCAGAAAGAUGAAUUAGAGAUCAUUGAAGCACCGACCUUGGAGGCUAGUCGGAUAGCAAUGGAAAGGAAAGCUAAAUUAUACGAUCAAUUGAAAAAGACUGGCAUUAAUGAUGAGAAGCUUGCCGAGGAAAUCUUGGUUGAUUUUGAUCGUAAAGCAUUGGAACAUCUAUCAGAUGAUGAAUUGAAAGAGGACAAACCGAAUGUUGAAAAUGAUCCAUGGGUAGAAUACACCGAUGAAUUCGGGAGGACGCGCAUUGUGCGAAAUGUUGAAGAUAUAUCAGCAUUGGAACAAGAGCGACGGCGAUGGGAAGAAGCAGCUCUAGAGGAAUUGAAAAAUGGCGGACCAAUUCAUUACGACGAAACAAAGGAAAUCCGCACAAAGGGUGUAGGUUUCUACCGUUUCUCAAAAGAUGAGCUGGAACGUGAAGAACAAAUGCGUACAUUAAAAGAGAUGAGACUCGAGGCACAAAAACGAAAAGCUCAGUUGGAUGCAAGAAUGGCAAUGAUUCGUGCAAAAAGACAAAAAAAUACAUCUAUUGCGGAGUCGACACCAGUACAAUCUUCGUCUAUACAGAAAGAAGUGCAUAAAUUAGAUUCUUAG